GUUUGACUGAAGCCAUUUUUCAGGACAAUGCUCUUCAGUAUGUUGCCAACAGCUCCCUGCUGAGCCCAGUGACCGACAUCACUAUGGACAUACGGACACGUGACGAAAACGGGAUCCUGUUGCGGGCCGCCAGCAGAGCGGAGGUCUUCUGCCUAGGGCUGCUCAACUCCUCCCUGCUGGUCAAACUGGACAGUGGGGCGAGCGCUGAGCUGCUGGCCUUCACAAGUGACAGAGUGAUUGCAGACGGAGCAUGGCAUCACAUCCAGCUCACCAUGGUGGAGCCCACACACUCAGUAUCCCGCUGGCGCCUCACCGUCGACGGGCAGAGAUUCGGGGGUAGCUUCGGCGUUGGUGGCAACCUCAACUUCCUCAAUGACACCAAUGUGUGGCUGGCUGAAAAAUACACUGGAUGCUUAGGGGAAGUGAGGGUGGGGGGAGUCUACCUGCCACUCAUUAACGUACCAGACGCCCCGCAGAUGAGCCGGUUCUCCAGACUGGGUGGGCACGAGCCAAUCAUAGGAUGCCAGGGUUCACCGAUUUGUGAUUCCCAGCCCUGUCUCAACCAGGGUGUGUGUCAGGACCAGUUUAAUGAGUUUAACUGCAGCUGCAGUGCAGGAUGGGAGGGGAAGCUGUGUGAGUUGGAGGUAAAUGAGUGUUCUUCAAGUCCCUGUGGCUACGGUACAUGUAAGGACCUUCUGGCAGACUACCAGUGUGACUGCCACAGCGGAUACACAGGGAGAGACUGUAAGGAAGAGCUGGAUAACUGUCUGGAGUUCAGUUGUGUGAACGGAGGAACCUGCAUGGACAAGGGGGGGGCUCACACAUGUUCAUGUCCUCGGGGCUACGUCGGAAAACGCUGCCAGUGGCGUUUCCCUCCAGUGGCGUGUGAUGCAGACACUAAGUGUCUUAAUGGGGGGGUUUGUAUAGGAGGGGACUCAGGAGGCAACUGCACCUGCAAGCCAGGAUACACUGGAGCCAGGUGUGAGACAGAAAUAGACGAGUGUGAGUUCAGGCCUUGUCUCAAUGGGGCCACCUGCCUGGACAGACUCAACCACUUCCAGUGUGUGUGUGUGCUGGGCUUCAGUGGCAGAGUGUGUGAGAACAACAGAGAGGAGCACACGGAGCGCGUCCCCUGGCUGGUGGUCACCAUCCCCCUCACCACGCUGUGUGUGCUGGUGGCCAUCCUGGUGGUGUUCUGCAUGGUCAUGACAGCGCGGAAGAAGCGUCAGUCAGAGGGCACGUACAGCCCCAGCUCCCAGGAGGUGGCUGGGGCCAGGCUGGAGAUGGGCAGUGUACUCAAAGUGCCCCCCGAGGAGAGGCUGAUCUGAGGCCAGAGGAUGUGUACAGGGCUCCUGCCCUACGAGGAAGACAUGGAGGAUAAAUCAAUGACUGAUCCUCCACCUGGGAACACAGUUUAUGUCGAGGUCUCACAGAUGGACAGGUGAAGACCAGAGAGAGGCUCCCCUGUCGGGGAGAGGUGGGGGGUGCUCUGACUCUAGACCUUGAAGAGUUGUGUCUUGAGGAAUACUAAAAUCAGGUCAGGACCAUGUGAACAAAAGUCAUUUUGGAUUUUAAGAAAUGUUGCACUGGCUGGACAACACUGAAACUGAACUCCACAUGAUGAAGGGGCAAGUAUUCAGGAAAACCAAUCAGGGCUUUCUUUAAGGGCUUUCCUUUCCUUACCAUCACAAUCCUUAUUAAACACACAUUUGCAAGACAUAUGUGUUUUUAUUGUGAAACAGACGCUCAUUUACAUCCUGUUGUUGUCCUGCAAGAGGUCACUUGCUAAUGUUAAUCCCACAUGACUUCAACUCUUUCAUCAAAAUGGGUUUGGCCCCUGAUAUCCUCCUUCAGCUUUACAUCUGUGUUUUUGGUCUGCCUCAAAAAUGUGAAGAAGCAAAAGAAGGAAUGUAUUUGUGAAUCAAACCUGAUGUUCUGUUUUGCUGAAACAGAAAUGUGGAAUUUUUACAAAAUGUUCAUGUACUCAGUUACUGAGUCAUUUCUCCUUAUUUAAGCUUCUGCAGUCUGUGAAUGAAGACAUGCAAACAGUUCAUACGAUGGAGCCUUACUCCGAACCCCCAACAGAACAUGUGAAUGAAUGACUCAGAAACGGUAUAUUUGCUGUAAUAUAUUGUCAAUGUGCACUGUACAGGCUGCCUAUCAUUGGUCACUGUGUAAAAAUGCUGUCAGUUUGUGUUGUGUAUCAUUUGAUGCAAAAGUUAAAGUCACUGUAUUUUUUGUAAUAAUUUCUCUGGCAACAGAACAGGAUUUUUUUGUAUGCUGUAUGUAAGUUGUCAGUGUUUUUGGAUAUAAAUAACUUUUUUCAGAUGUCUAGAAAAAAGGAGAAUUCAGCAAAGUCUAGUUAAAUUGUAUCUAAUUUAAAGAAAUGUCCUUAAAGUCAGAUGGCACUACCCUCACAUUUGAAGUCCAGGAAGUCUCCCUACUCACUCCCCUUUCACUCUGUCCUCUCCGGGGCUCCUAACUGAACAACCAACACUGCAGGAAACUGAAGGUUCUGAUGUGACCCAUGUAUUGCAUUUCAUGAAAUAGAACCGGUUGUGAAAGGAAAGUAUAAUGCAAGUCAGAGCUAAAUAUGAAUUAGAGAAACUCUUGUCAUUACUAUUCAGAGUUGUAUUGAAUGCCAUUUCAAAAGAGUGAUAUGUAUGAAUUUCAUCAUGAUCUGUAAAGUUUUAGGUAUGGGUUGGCAUAAUGUCAAUAAUUUUCUAGAUAUUACAGUUAUCUCUGAUUUAUAUAAUUCCAAUCUAGUACAACUAACCCAAUAUUGCUUACAUGUGGUUAAUCAGAUACACUAUAUGGCUUAGUAUUGAGACAUCCCUGUCCAAUGUAAAACCCAUUCCUGUUCAAACAUGACAAUGCCCUCAGUCAACCCAGUUAUGUACCUGACUGAGGUAUUGCAGCACAUCAUUACCAUGGUUUGAAUAAAAUACGACAAGCUCUCCAGCAUCAGACCAGAUCGACUAAGAGUCUUACUGUAAUGGGCCUGUGGGAAGAUGACAAGCCUGACAUGCAAACGUUUAUUUUGGAAGAAAAGAGAGACGAACGGGGACUGUGUUCCCUCAGAUUCAUUCAGAUCUACUUGUAGUAUUCAAUAUAAUGACCCUGACCUGUGGUCGGAAAAUGUGAACCUCACAAUUAUCAUUUAUAAUUUUGACCCAGCCCAAAUGUGUACCCGGGUCGGGUCUAAGUUCCUCAAAGCUGAGUGGAACCCAUUCAUGAUAUCUAUUGUCUGUUUAAUAUCUUGUUGUUUUGUUGUAAAUCCAGGAAUUAGAUAUGGUUCACAAGUGGAAAUACUAAAUAUUUAUUUACGGUACAUUUAAACUGAUCCAUACUGCUGCUUCUCUCUCUGAGGUUGUUACAACUGGCUACAUGCAUGCUUUAAUACAAGUCAGAAAUCACUAAAUGUCCUCUCAUGUGCAUCAUGAAACAACAUGCAUUCCUGCAUCCAUCAAACACAGAUAACGCCUUUGUGAGGACUGUAUUUCAAAGAGAGGUUAAUGAAAGGAAGAACCUCAGGACACAUAUUCAAACUGUGUUUAAUUCGUUAUGGUAUUGUACAGACCUAUUGUGAUAUGGUGUUGUUACUUAACAGCAGGACAUCCACAGGACAGCUUUGCACAGAAUGGUAGUGAUUUUACACUGGAGUUGUUUUAAGUAAAGCCGUACCACAUCUACAUUCCAUGUUUUUUUUCUUCCAAAACAGGAUAUAUUUACUUUAGGGAAUAACCACAAUUUAGAUUAUGAGUGAUAGUCCAACCCAAGCCUUUUAUUUAUCUGCACUGAAAACACAGAUUUAACAACAUAACUCUAUUAGGUUAGUUCCAAGCAAUUAUAUUAAGUUGAACCUCAUUUUUUGAAACGUAUUAUUAUUGCUUUCAACUAACCUAAUACAGUAUUGGAAAAUCUGUUGUCAUAACACAUUUAGUUAAAGUCAACGUUUCAGUUAUUCAGUGCACUUCAUAGAAACCUCUGUUUUUUAAGUGAAUAUCUCCUUUUGAAGUAAAUCUCUUUAUUAGUACUAAGUGUGCAUAUGAGGAAGAUUUUGUGUUUAAUGGUCAUUUUGUGCAUUUAGUUUGAAAUGGCGCUUCAACUGAAUGAAUGUCUGCGGGCAUGAAAUGUGUUCAAAGAAAAAUAAAAACAAAAGAAAAUGAA